GGAAGAUCAACCGCGGCUCGCUGUUCGUCUGACGUGUAGUAGAGUCGGUGUAGUGUUGACGUGUCUCUAAAGCGCUCUCCUCAGUCCCUUCAGCCCUCUCGCUUCUCUCUUUCUCUUUCACCGGGCGGCGGAGCGCACCGGCAGCGCUGGACUGUCCGUUUACAGCUCACAGAGACUUCAGAUAGUGACCGUGAUUUCAGGAGACCGUCACCAUGGGGAUUAAGUUCUUAGAGGUUAUAAAACCGUUUUGUGCGGUUUUGCCAGAAAUCCAGAAACCAGAAAGAAAGAUCCAGUUCAGAGAAAAAGUGCUAUGGACUGCCAUCACAUUGUUCAUCUUUCUUGUUUGCUGUCAGAUCCCACUGUUUGGGAUCAUGUCUUCAGACUCCGCAGAUCCAUUCUACUGGAUGAGAGUCAUCUUGGCAUCCAACAGAGGUACUCUGAUGGAGUUGGGUAUCUCUCCCAUUGUGACCUCUGGUCUGAUCAUGCAGCUGCUGGCUGGAGCUAAAAUCAUUGAGGUUGGAGACACCCCUAAAGACAGAGCGCUUUUCAAUGGAGCCCAGAAAUUGUUUGGUAUGAUCAUCACCAUUGGCCAGGCUAUUGUGUACGUCAUGACUGGAAUGUAUGGUGACCCUUCAGAGAUGGGUGCUGGCAUCUGUCUGCUGAUCAUCAUUCAGUUGUUUGUGGCCGGUCUGAUCGUGUUGCUGCUGGAUGAGUUGCUGCAGAAAGGUUACGGUUUGGGCUCUGGUAUCUCUCUCUUCAUCGCCACCAACAUCUGUGAGACAAUCGUAUGGAAGGCGUUCAGCCCAACCACAGUCAACACAGGCAGAGGUACUGAGUUUGAAGGAGCCAUUAUUGCUCUGUUCCACCUGUUGGCCACUCGUACCGAUAAAGUCCGAGCACUGAGAGAGGCCUUCUACAGACAGAACCUGCCCAACCUCAUGAACCUCAUCUCUACAGUUUUCGUCUUUGCUGUAGUCAUAUACUUCCAGGGCUUCAGAGUUGACCUGCCCAUCAAAUCUGCACGUUACCGUGGCCAGUACAACACAUAUCCCAUCAAGCUGUUCUACACCUCCAACAUUCCCAUCAUCCUGCAGUCUGCUCUGGUCUCUAACCUGUACGUCAUUUCUCAGAUGCUCUCCACCCGCUUCAGUGGAAAUUUCCUGGUCAACCUACUAGGGACUUGGUCUGAUGCCACAUCCGGUGGUCCAGCUCGUGCCUACCCUGUUGGUGGUCUGUGUUACUAUCUGUCUCCUCCGGAGUCAUUUGGUUCUGUGCUUGAAGACCCAGUCCAUGCAGUGAUCUACAUUGUAUUCAUGCUGGGAUCCUGUGCCUUCUUUUCUAAGACCUGGAUUGAAGUUUCUGGAUCAUCUGCCAAAGAUGUGGCCAAGCAGCUGAAAGAACAGCAGAUGGUGAUGAGGGGACACAGAGAGACCUCCAUGGUUCAUGAACUCAACAGGUACAUCCCAACAGCGGCUGCAUUUGGUGGACUGUGUAUCGGAGGCCUUUCAGUAAUGGCUGACUUCCUGGGUGCCAUCGGCUCUGGAACAGGAAUCCUGUUGGCUGUUACCAUCAUCUAUCAGUACUUUGAAAUAUUUGUUAAGGAACAGAGUGAAAUUGGCAGCAUGGGAGCGCUACUCUUCUAAAAA